AAUAUAACAAUGAAAGGAGAGAGCAAGCCAAAAAAAGACGAAAGGAAGUUUCAGAUAUUCGAAGGGACAAUUUUGCUGAAGACGACGUCUGGGUGGAGGAUUUUUUUGCUGAAGAUAUCUGUGAUAUCUUUGCUGAAGAUGUCUUUAGCGAGGACAUAUUUGCUGAAAGUAAUGAAUUUGAUGAAGAAAGUGGAAAAGAACUUGAUAAAGAAGCAAUAAUGGCCCCAACAAUCAUAUGA